AUGGAUAAAGAGCAAGAAGAGAUGCAAUUUGUUGGCUUCUUUGGCAUCUUCAAUGAAUCCUACAAAGCCAUCUUUGCAUGGAGAAAGAUGUUCGGCAAAAUCACUCUAUCUUUAAUCCUUCCUUUAUCAUUCAUCUACCUUGUUCACAUGGAAGUCUCGAAUCUCUUCUUUAGCAAAAUCAUCCACAACGAGAUCGAGCUCCACCAUACUCGACCCGGCACUCCCAAAUACGAAAAACUCUCCGACCUUAUCUCCGAUGAGUGGGCUUACUUUUGGCUUUUCAAAGCUGCAUACUUCACUCUGUUUUUCAUCUUUUCCCUUCUUUCGACCGCUGCCGUCGUUUACACCAUCGCGUGCAUAUACACAGCUCGGGAACUCACCUUCAACAAAGUCAUCAGCGUCGUUCCCAAAGUCUGGAAACGGCUGCUGGUUACUUUCUUAUGCAUUUUCGUCGCCAUGUUUUUCUACCACGUCGUGGCGUUUGGCGUCCUGCUCGUUUCCGUCAUUUCAAUCGGACGAAACGAUUUGGGUUUGGCGGUGUUCAUUGUUUUAGCCAUUUUCUACCUGGCGGGGCUUUUGUAUUUAACCGUCAUCUGGCACUUGGCUAACGUCAUCUCUGUUUUAGAAGAAGCCUACGGUUUCAACGCCAUGGUCAAGAGCAAGAACCUGAUAAAGGGAAACACAUGGGUGGCUGCGCUCAUUUUUCUGACAGUAGGAAUCGCCGCCGUCGUCAUCCAGUUUUCAUUUCAGAGGGUGGUGAUUCACGGAAGAAGGUCCGGCGUGGGCACAAGGGUUGUGUAUGCAAUAUUUUCUUUGUUUUUACAUUCCAUGUUGACACUCUUUGGAUUAGUUAUCCAGACCGUGAUAUACUUCGUGUGCAAAUCUUACCACCAUGAAAACAUCGAUAAAUCUGCCUUGUCGGAUCACCUGGAAGUUUAUCUGGGAGAAUAUGUUCCUCUGAAGGCCAGGGAUGUUCAAUUAGAGCAAUAUCAUGUUUGA